AUGCUCUGCCGAUGUUUUAGGUCAAUUAAGUCAUGCGCGGCUACAAAGCGCAUCCUUUUUUCAACCUCAACAAAUAGGAUUACGCUAUCGCCAUCAUGCGUGAAGAAACUUACCGAAAUCGGAUGUGAGCACGGUCUUUUGCGAAUUGUGGUAGAUAGUGGAGGCUGCUCUGGAUUCCAAUACAAGUUUGAAGUUGACAAAAAUAUCAGUGAUGAGGAUUUGGUUUUACAACAAUCCGGUGUCAAAAUUGUUGUUGAUCCUCAUUCGAUGAAAUUUUUGGAAAACUGCGAAAUCGGAUACGAAGAGGAACUUAUUCGGUCUGGUUUUAAAGUUACUAGGAAUCCCCAAGCAGAAGGGGGUUGCUCCUGCGGUUCGUCAUUUUCCUUAAAACUCGAUUAA